AAGAAUUUGAAGCUUUAGAUGCUGGCAACCAUAUACCAUUAAUAUCAAUAAUAACUACGAAUGUUGAUGAAAUAAUUGAAAUAGAUAAAAAUGCGCAAUAUAAUAAAAAACUAUGUAGAGCUUUAAUUGAACGUGCAACAUCAGUUCAAUUGAAGAUUAAAAUCUUGCAACGUAGAAAACAAGAAAUUAAAAAAAGACUUGAGCAGAACGAAUAUCGAGAAAGCUUUAAAAAGUUCGCGUACGUCGUGAUAAAAACUAGAAAUUUCGUAGCAAAUAUAACACAAUUCCAAAGUUUUAAACUCCUUGGGACAAUAAAAAUUAAAGAAGAUUUUUUGCAAUUGACAAAUUUGUUUGACAAUUGCAUCAAAAUGUUAGGAUUUACUGUAGUGAUUGGUGAUGAGGAACUAAAGGAUAUAGAUGUUUGUAGUUUAGAAGAGGACUUGAACGAAAUGAAUGAG